AUGUUCAACGCACCCAGGCCGACGCAAGCUUAUGGCGUGUCUUCAUCAACCAACUUCGGUGGCAGCUUCGUAGACGAGAACCCCCUUGCAGUCUCAGUGUACGACGGACUCGACCCUUGGAGUGCUGCACCCAGUCCGUCGCCGCCUGCAGUGACAUCGAUCUUUACAUCUGCCAUCGUCUUGUGUGUAGCAGACGCCACUGUGCCCUCGAUAUACCAUCAGUCGUUCAGCAUCGUCGACCCUACCAAUUCUGGCGAGACAUCUGUGAACUCUCUGUCACGCGUGUUAGGGACAUCAGGGCUUCCAGCAGGGAUUAUUGACAAGAUUGUCAACCUCGUCAGCACACGACCCCGUGUCUCUAAACUCGAAUUUUUCGUCGCUCUAGCGUUGGUUGCACUAGCACAAUCUGGCAAAGAUGUCAGCGUCGAACAAGUUGCUGCACUGGCCCAGCAGAAUGAUCUCCCUGAGCCAAGUCUCGACCUCUCUGCCUUGACUGCAGCCCCUUCAGCUUUCGUAUAUAACAAAUCAAACAUCGAUGUCACUGCUCGAGCCCCUGCUCCUGCGUACUCCUCGGAUGACCCUUGGAAUUCGCGGUUUGCGCCUAGCGGGACCGGGGCGAUAGACGCGGCUCAGGGGAGUGUGGCGAACGGCAUGCCAUCCAGCGUAUCGGGGACAGGGAUGCCCAAAGACUGGUGGAGGAAGCAGGAAAAUGUCACGGUCAAAUUCCUGGGUCAGCAGGGCUUCAUCCUCAAUCGAUAUAUUGUAUAUGAGGUUCUCACAGAUCGUGGUCCGCCGGUAUCUCGCAGAUACUCAGAAUUCACCGUCUUGUGGGAUUGCCUCAUACACCGCUAUCCCUUCCGUUUGAUACCCCAACUGCCUCCCAAACGAAUUGGUCCGGAUGAGAACUUCUUGGAACAGCGAAGAAAAGGACUUCAAAGAUUCCUUACCUUUGUAAUCAACCACCCCGUGAUCAAAGACGAUGGGCUACUUGCGGUCUUUCUCGCCGAACCGUCUUUCGAACAAUGGCGCAAAUAUUCCUCCAUUUCAUUAGAGGAAGAGUCUACGAGCAAACGUGUCGAUCGUGUCGAGGAGAUGUCCAUUCCCAGCGAUCUGGAAGAUAAGCUUGGCAACGUGCGGGGCAAGAUAAGCCCUUUGAUCGAAGCAUGGCAGAAGAUAGGGAUUCUUGUAGAACGUAUCAUCAGGAAGCGCGAGGCAGAAGCGGUACGAACUCCUCCAGCCCUCCGGCGCACAUAUCUACCGACUCACUUCGCGUUCCCCCUCUUCUCCUCUCCUUUCCUCGAUUCCACCGAUUCCCGUGACCCCUCUUUAUCUGCUGUUUCACUUACAUCUGGCGGCUCAAUAUUUGCUACUUUUCCCUCUGGUGUUGGCGCCGGGGGUGCACCUUCCGCGGGUCCUGCCUCUGGGAUGCAGGCUGACUUGUCACGAUUAACAAAUACUCUGAAAGCUUUAGUCGAAGUAAAUGGGCAGUGUUGGAGAGGAGAAGAUUGUGAGCUUUCAGAGGGUGUCAAGCAAGGGGUCAGGAAGAUAUCAGAACACACGCAGCGACAGGCAGAUAUUUUAGAACAGCGGACACAACGGCUCUUGUACACGACUUUGGAAGGCCUCAAAAGUCAACGAGACCUGUACAUUGGCAUGCGCGACCUCUUCAUUCGACAUGACCGACUAUCGGUAGACCAGGUCGAGCGGCUGAAGAAGCGGGUAGAGAAAACAUCUUUGAAGCUCGAAGGCGUCCAUGCGGUUAAGAAAGAAGGCUGGCAAGAUGAGGCAGAUAAACUGGCUGGGAUUGUCGAGAAGGACAAGGCGACUAUCGCUGCACAGCUGAAUAGACGGAUGUUCAUCCGUGCCUGUAUGUGGCACGAGCUCCGUGUCGUGCUGCACAACCGCGAGAACACGCUGCUGACUCAUCUAGUCCAGACGUUCGCGGGCGAAGAGCAGGAAUACGCGGAAGGCGUCGCAGCCGACUGGGCGUCCCUCGUUGAAGCAGUCGAAAGUAUGCCGUUGGAAUGA